CAACCGUUCCAAGCUGUUAAUGGUUUCCAAGACAGAGAAAUCACGGAACGUUAUUUUGUAAUUUCAGCUCUCCAUAGCCCAAAAUGAGUGAGCAGAUCAAAUUUAUAGUGGAGCAGCUGAAUAAGGAGCCCUUCAAGAAAAACUUCAACCUCAUAACAUUUGACUCCCUGGAGCCAUUGCAGCUGCUGCAGGUCCUCAAUGAUGUGCUGGCCGAGGUUGACCCCAAGCACAACAUUGACAUUCGUGAAGAAAUGCCUGAGCAGAUGGCCAAGCGUAUGUUUUCUUUGUUGGGGGUGCUGAAAUAUAAACCUCCCGGAAAUGUCUCAGAAGCAAGCAAUUUCCGUCAAGGUCUAGUGACUGGCAGCAAGCCUGUGAUUCAUCCAAUCUUACACUGGUUGCUGCAGAGGAUCAAUGAGCUAAAGAAGAGGGCCUACCUGGCCCGUUUUCUCAUGAAACUGGAAGUACCUGCCGAGUUCCUGCAAGAUGAUGUCAUUGCUGACACACAUCAUCAGUAUGAAGACCUAGUGGAAAGUUUUAAGACCUAUCACAAGGAAUGUGAGCAGCUGAAGACCUCUGGCUUCUCCACAGCAGAGAUCCGGAGGGACAUUACUGCAAUGGAAGAAGAGAAGGACCAGCUCAUUAAAAGAGUGGAACGUCUGAAGAAAAGGGUGGAGACAGUGUCCAAUCACCAGCGCAUGCUCGAGCUGGCUCGACAGCUUCGAGUGGAGAAGGAAAGAGAGGAGUCACUGGCUCACCAAAAGCAAGAACAGAAGAAUCAGCUGUUUCAUGCGGAGCAGAGGUUGCAGAGAUCCCAGCAGCAACUUAAGGACCUGCGACAGGCAGCAGCAGAUGCAAAGCCUGAGAGCUUGAUGAAAAGAUUGGAAGAGGAGAUCAAGUUCAAUACUUACAUGGUGUCUGACAAACUCCCCAAAGAGCUGGAGAGUAAGAAGAAGACAGUGCAGUACCUGCAGAAAGUGGUGGCUGAGCCAGCAAUGGGGCAAUCAGAACUGGGAGAGCUUGAGAACAAGAUUCGUGAAAUUAACACUCAGAUUAAUCAGAUCAUUGAGAAACGAAUGAUGAGGAAUGACCCUAUGGAUGACAAACUCUCUCUCUUUAGACAACAGGCGUCCAUCAUCUCGCGCAAAAAGGAGGCCAAGGCUGAGGAGGUGCAAGAGGCCCGGGAGGAGCUGGCCAACACCGAGAGGGAGCUGGCACAUAAAACCAGCCAGGUCCGGGACCUGGGGGGUGGCAGCGAGCUGGUCAGAGGCGAUGAGUUCAAGAGAUACGUCAGCAAGCUCCGUAGCAAGGGCACAGUGUUUAAGAAGAAACGUCAGGAGAUCGCCGACAUGAGGGCGGAGUAUGGAGUUUUGCAGAGAACAGAGGAGAUUCUGAAACAGCGGCAUGAAGCUGUUCACCAGCAACUGCAAUCCAUUGAAGCUAAAAGGGGCAUUUCUGGGUACAGUGAUACCCAGGAGGAGCUGGAAAGAGUGUCGGCAAUCAAGAGCGAGCUGGACGACGUGAAAGGACGUACACUGGACGACAUGUCUGAAAUGGUUAGGAAAUUGAAUUCCGUGAUUGCAGAAAAAAAAUCUGGCCUCGCUCCUGUUAUAAAGGAGUUGAGACCAUUGAGACAGAAAUGUCAGGAACUAACUCAGGAGUACGAAGAAAAAAAAGCUCAGUAUGACAGCUGUGCAGCUGGUCUGGAGAGUAAUCGAUCCAAACUUGAGCAGCUGUAUACAAAGAACAUUACUGAGCAAGAAAACUUGGGCAAGAAGUUGCGCGAGAAGCAGAGGGCUGUGCGAGAGAGCCAUGGGCCCAACAUGAAGCAGGUGAAGAUGUGGCGUGACUUGGAGCAGCUGAUGGAGUGCAAGAGGCAGUGCUUCCUGAGAGCACAGAGUCAGGCGUCCAUUGGGCAGGUCAUUCAGGAGGCAGGUGAGGACAGACUGGUCCUCUGAGUCUUCUGCUUAAUCUCUCCUCCCUGCCUUCUUAGAACCAGAUACUCCGACCAGCCUCCGGCCUUCAGUAGGCAUUCAUUCAUUCUUCCCUCACUGUGAAAACCAGAACAGAUCUCUUACCAAUGUGGGGGUGCAGUCAUUUCCUUUGCACAGCUAAGUCCCAGGUUUUACUGUUCUGUAAACAAUUUUACUGUUCUGUAAUGUUCUAGUAUGUUUUUGAUUCAUCCAUAAUGAUAUAACUACACAUAUAGUCAACAUUACCUUUUACUUAGACAGCUGGAACAGUGAAUCAUCUUUUCUUUUUUUUUUUGGACCAAUAUAGAGUUGUUUUAGCCAAGACCGUGCCAGCUAGAUCCUUAAAGGGUGAAGCUGACUCAAUCUAAAAAGAAUGUCCCAUGGAGCUUUAUAGUAAUGAAAAGACCAUAGUGCCUUUUCCCCAAAACUUACCCUUCAUGAAUGUCUACCUGAGUUGUGAUACAGUGCAAAGUUAAGGGUGUUCAUAUUGUAGAGGAUUGAAUUCUGAAUUCUAGAGAGUUACCUGUUUACCAAGCAUGUUCAGCGUGUAAUUCAGAGAAACAAUUUUGUGAGAGACCCCCUUCUGCAUUUGUAAAUGUGCAUAAAAAUGUUUUAAAUUACACAACAAAAUAAAAGUAUAACCUUUUUAUGAGUAA